CGGGCGCCGGGCGGCGUUCUCACUCCGGCCGGGGAGCCGCCGCCCGGGAAUGGCGCACAGCUCUCGCCCCCGCGCCCCUCUCCCCGCCUGCACCGGCUGCCCGCCGGGGGUGCCCUCCCUCCUCUGUGGGAGCCCAGAAGAGACAAAAGCCAGGAUGGAUGAUCAAGCAUGGUAUUUGAGAACUUCAAAGCUGGCUCUGGCCUUGGCAAUUAUCCGCUCAAAACCAGCAGACAAAAGCAGCAGAGAAUACACAGAGCAUCUUGCAAGGAUGGUGUCUGGGCAGGAAUCAAAGUGGAGAGAAAAAGUCAAAGCCUGGGAAGCUGAAGUUCUGCAAUUACGUCAGAAACUUCUUCUGAGCAGGAUUUGUUCAGGAUCAUUUGAGAGUGGAGGUCCAUCUUCCCAGUUGCAGGCUCAGGAACCUAGAAGUUCUGAAAACACUUCGACUCUGCUGGAAGAUUCUGGGUGCGGUUUAUCAAACGAUCAGAGAACUGAACCUUCAGAGAUGACCGAGCAUUCUGGGGAGAGCUGCGUCUCCACCCCCUUCCCACCACUGCCCAUUGUGAACAGACCUUGUGCUCCUCUGGAAAAGCCUCUGUCUUCUCACAUGCAGUUCUUGCAACAUCUGCUUGGGCUGAAGACCUUGACCGAGUCAGAGAGUCUGAAAGCUGACUUAAGCCACUUUGAAAACGCCUCUUCCACAGUAUCCGAUUCUGUUUUUCAGUUGCUGGAUGGCUUGAUCACUUUUUACCGAGAACCCAAACUUCCUUGUUCAAGCUUUUGGAUCAAAGCUGUGGAUACUUUAGCUAGACUGAUCAGUGAUUGUAACUUAUCUAAUCAUAUUCUUAAAAAGUGUUCCAAGAAGCUGGAAGAAUUUGAGAAGACCCUGCUACAGGUUAUUUUAAGGAACAGCCAUAUCAAUCGGUUUCAGGUGCAGCAUUAUGUCUCUGAGAGUCUGGUAACCCUGGGAAGCUGCAGCUUGUUGAGAAAAUCUAUAAUAUCUCUGCUUCUGUCAGAAGUAAACAGCUUUGCUGAUGAUCUGGGCGCCAUCAAUCAGGUGCAAGCCAGUUACGAUGUGACACGCUAUGAAAAUAUUUUCUCUGUGUUCUGGGUUCUGGAACAACUUCUUCGGAAGGAAACCGAAGAAGGCAACGCUUCAAGAAUAGGGCAUGAGGACCAAGAAAUCAAGAAAUUUCUUCAGAAGCAUGAUGAAACUAUUUUGCAACUCUCUGAUGCAUUUCCUUUAUUUACUUUUUAUUUAUGGAGACUGGGCACUCUCUUGAACUCAGUAGAGAUAGGAACUGUUGAAAAUAACUCACUUCCUUAGCAAUUUACCAAAUAUCAGAAGCAUACUAAAGUUGAAUAUAUGAAGAUCUUGUGCUUAACAGAUUUUCAAGAAUAUUUUUAAAUGAGCAUUUUAAAUGCAUCUCUAAAUAUAAUCAAUUCAAUUUAAUAGUCUUAAAUUGUGUGUAAAAGAUUAUGAGUCAUAUUUCUAUACUAAAAUCAGCCAGUUUCAGUUGAGAAUGCCCUCCUUAUUCUUAUGGAACGAUAUCUUACAAUAUGUUACUCAAUAGAGUCUAGCUCUGUUAUUCUCUAAAAUGGACCAUUAAUUGUCUUUUAUUAAAAAAUUACAUUUUAAAAGAUUUUCAUGUAAUAGAUGCUAAAAGGUAACAAGAGAUCUUAUGUUUUGUUACUUUAUCAACAUAGCAUUUAAAAUAAGUGGUUAUAAAUGAGAUUUUUUUUAACUUUUCUUUCUUAAAUAGUUUCACUUAUAUAAUUUUCUAUUGUCUCAGAGGGGACUCAUGUAGAAGGAGAAAAGUUUUUAACAUUUGUAAACCUACUGGCCUUUAAUUUCAUAUAAUCAACAUAUUUGUCAAGUCCUUUUGAAAGUACUAAUUAGUUGUUAAAAAUGUUCUGUGUUUGUUUUUCAACAAAUUGUUUUUGAUUCUAUUGAUUAUAUAAAAUAUUCCUGUUGUUAAAAUGUAG